AUGGUCCUGGAGAUGACCCACCUGCUCACCCCCUUCCAGUCCCACACCUGCUCACCCCCACCUCCAGCCCCACCUGCUCACCCACCUCCAGCCCCACCUGCUCACCCCCACCUCCAGCCCCACCUGCUCACCCCCUGUCCACACCACACCUGCUCACCCCCUGUCCACUCCCACCUGCUCACCCCCCACCUCCAGUCCCACCUGCUCACCCCCACCUCCAGACCCACCGCUCACCCCCCUUCCCACCUGCUCACCCCCAUCCAGUCCCACCUGCUCACCCCCCUCCAGACCCACCUGCUCACCCCCCUGUCCAGUCCCACCUGCUCACCCCCCUACCCACCUGCUCACCCCCCUGUCCAGUCCCACCUGCUCACCCCCCACCUCCAGUCCCACCUGCUCACCCCCCACCCAGUCCACCUGCUCACCCCCACUCCAGACCCACCUGCUCACCCCCACCUCCAGUCCCACCUGCUCACCCCCACCUCCAGUCCCACCUGCUCACCCCCUGUCCAGACCCACCUGCUCACCCCCCCUGUCCAGUCCCACCUGCUCACCCCCCACCUCCAGUCCCACCUGCUCACCCCCACCUGCCCACCUGCUCACCCCCUACCCACCUGCUCACCCCCUCCUCCAGUCCCACCUGCUCACCCCCACCUCCAGUCCCACCUGCUCACCCCCCACCUCCAGACCCACCUGCUCACCCCCCCCUCCAGUCCCACCUGCUCACCCCCGCCUCCAUCCCACCUGCUCACCCCCUCCUCCAGACCCACCUGCUCACCCCCCACCUCCAGUCCCACCUGCUCACCCCCCCCACCUCCAGACCCACCUGCUCACCCCCCCCACCUCCAGACCCAGCUGCUCACCCCCCACCUCCAGACCCAGCUGCUCACCCCCCCUCCAGACCCACUUGCUCCCCCCCACCUCCAGACCCACCUGUUCACACCCCCCAUCUCCAGCACCGGCAUCACCUUCCGCCACAUGACCUCAAACUGCGCCAUUUUGUUUCUCUCCUUUGCCCCGUCCAGAGAGACCUGCACCACCAGGCCCCAUAAAGAGAGACCUGCACCGCCAGGCCCCAUCCAGAGAGACCUACACCACCAGGCCCCAUCCAGAGAGACCUACACCACCAGGCCCCAUCCAGAGAGACCUGCACCACCAGGCCCGAUCCAGAGAGACCUGCACCACCAGGCCCCAUCCAGAGAGACCUGCACCACCAGGCCCCAUCCAGAGAGACCUGCACCGCCAGGCCCCGUCCAGAGAGACCUACACCACCAGGCCCCAUCCAGAGAGACCUACACCACCAGGCCCCAUCCAGAGAGACCUACACCACCAGGCCCCAUAAAGAGAGACCUGCACCGCCAGGCCCCAUCCAGAGAGACCUACACCACCAGGCCCGAUCCAGAGAGACCUGCACCACCAGGCCCCAUCCAGAGAGACCUACACCACCAGGCCCCAUCCAGAGAGACCUACACCAGCCCCAUCCCGAAACGAAGAGCACCACCAGGCCCCAUCCAGAAAGACCUGCACCGCCAGGCCCGAUCCAGAGAGACCUGCACCACCAGGCCCUAUCCAGAGAGACCUGUACCACCCUACGGAGAAGCCAACACCACCCUGCAUCAGGUUCCUUCCAGAGUGGACAGCAUGCACCCCUCCCCCAACCCACUACUCUCCAUCCUAACAGGACAACAUCCCAAUCAGAGGAGAGCAACAGUCUACCAAGACAGCUAUAUAUAG